GAUUAAUAUUGGCAAUGUUGAUCAAGCCCGGGGUCAGUCAGAAUGCUGCAACACAUGAUGAUGAUGAUGAUGAAACCUUCGACACAGUCGAUGCCUUGAUGGAUCUAGUAAGGAACAUGGUGCCAAAUAAUCUGAUUCGGGCUACCUAUCAACAGUACAAGACUCGGAAAGUGGAGGUUGAAAUUGAAGCAGAUUCGGACAAUUCUAACCUGGAAAUGAAAAGAACAGAAAUUCGUCUGGUGGGUAAAAACAUUGAAGGACUCAAUAGUGUGGGUCUGAUUGUCUGGUCUAUUAUUUUUGGACGGGGCCUCAGGAGGAUGGGAGAAAGAGGGAAACUUUUCGUGGAUAUCCUGAUCGCCCUCAACAAGGCCAUCAGACAUGUAGUCAAAAUGGUAAUAGGCUUCUUGCCUGUCGGAGUGCUGUUCAUGACUGCAAGCUAUGUUGUUGAGGUUGGGGAGAACUGGCAGACACUCUUAAAACUCGUAAAAUUCACGGCA